GAAAUCUUGCCCGGCCUGAGUCACGGCGGCUCCUUCAAGGAAACGUCAGUGCUCUCCGGUCGCUGUCGCCCGCCGCCCGCCGCCCAUGGGGGAGAUGCAGGGAGCGCUGGCCCGGGCCCGGCUCGAGUCCUUGCUCCGGCCCCGCCACAAAAAGAGGGCCGAGGCGCAGAAAAGGAGCGAGUCCUUCCUGCUGAGCGGACUGGCGUUCAUGAAGCAGAGGAGGAUGGGCCUGAACGACUUCAUUCAGAAGAUCGCCAAUAAUUCCUAUGCGUGCAAGCACACUGAAGUUCAGUCCAUUUUGAAAAUCUCCCAACCUCAGGAGCCCGAGCUUAUGAACGCCAACCCUUCGCCUCCGCCAAGUCCAUCUCAACAAAUCAACCUUGGCCCAUCAUCAAACCCUCAUGCUAAACCAUCAGACUUUCACUUCCUAAAAGUGAUUGGAAAAGGCAGUUUUGGAAAGGUUCUACUAGCGAGACACAAAGCAGAGGAAGCCUUCUACGCAGUCAAAGUGCUGCAGAAAAAAGCAAUCCUGAAAAAGAAGGAGGAGAAGCAUAUUAUGUCUGAGCGGAACGUGCUGCUGAAGAAUGUGAAACACCCUUUCCUGGUGGGCCUGCACUUCUCCUUCCAGACGGCCGACAAGCUGUACUUUGUCCUAGACUACAUUAACGGUGGAGAGUUGUUCUACCAUCUCCAGAGGGAGCGCUGCUUCCUGGAACCACGGGCUCGUUUCUAUGCUGCUGAGAUAGCCAGUGCCUUGGGUUACCUGCACUCUCUGAACAUCGUUUAUAGAGACUUGAAGCCGGAGAAUAUUCUACUAGAUUCACAGGGACACAUCGUCCUGACUGACUUUGGGCUGUGCAAGGAGAACAUUGAACACAACGGCACGACGUCCACCUUCUGCGGCACACCCGAGUAUCUUGCACCUGAGGUGCUUCAUAAGCAGCCUUAUGACAGGACGGUGGACUGGUGGUGCCUGGGGGCCGUCUUGUAUGAGAUGCUGUAUGGCCUGCCUCCUUUUUAUAGCCGAAACACGGCUGAAAUGUAUGACAACAUUCUGAACAAGCCUCUCCAGCUGAAACCAAAUAUAACAAAUUCUGCAAGACACCUCCUGGAGGGCCUCCUGCAGAAGGACAGGACAAAGAGACUCGGGGCCAAGGAUGACUUUAUGGAGAUUAAGAAUCACGUCUUCUUCUCUCUAAUUAACUGGGACGAUCUCAUUAAUAAGAAGAUUACGCCUCCUUUUAACCCAAAUGUAAGUGGCCCCAGCGACCUGCGGCACUUUGACCCUGAGUUUACCGAAGAGCCUGUCCCCAGCUCCAUCGGCAGGUCCCCUGACAGCAUCCUCAUCACAGCCAGCGUCAAGGAAGCGGCCGAGGCCUUCCUCGGCUUCUCCUACGCACCACCCAUGGACUCCUUCCUCUGAACAGUCUGAGGGUCGGUUUUGAAGGAUUGCCUGUGCGUCUUUUAAAUAUUUUAGUUAGCCUUUCGGCGGAGCUGCCAGCUGCCAGGCCAUCUCGGAAGAGAAUCUGCACCUCCUCUGGAAGCUUGGCAAUCUUGCACACUGCUUGCUGGACGCUUUUCGAAGAGCACAUUCUCCUCCUAGUGAGCUCGUGAGGUUUUUCCUUUCUCUUCUUCCUUCCAAUGUGGUGCUAUCUCUGAAAUGAGCACGAGAGGGCCGCCUUAGAGGCCAGAGCCUUGUCAGGAGGAGGAGGGCCCUGCUCCGAGAAGGAUCUUCCACCGCUCGGUCUGGGCUGUGAUGACGAAUACUAUGAAAUGUGCCUUUUCUGAUGAGAUCGUGUUAGCUCCAAAGCUUUUCCUACCGCAGAGCGUUUCCGUUCUUUGUUUUCCCUCGUGGAUCUCCCGUGUGAAGAGUGGUGUGAGUGUGGUGUGCUUGAUCCCAGAUGGAUUUUGUUAUAAGCAUCAAUGUGACACUUGCAGGACACUACAAUGUGGGACAUUGUUUGUUUCUUCCAUAUUUGGAAGAUAAAUUUAUGUGUAGACUGUUCUUUUUGUAAGAUAUAGUUAAUAACUAAAAUUUCUUGAAAUGGUCUUGCAAUGACUUGUAUCCAGAUGCUUAAAGAAAGCAUUGCUGCUACAAAUAUUUCUAUUUUUAGAAAGGGUUUUUAUGGACCAAUGCCCCAGUUGUCGGUCAAAGCCGUUGGUGUUUUCAUUGUUUAAAAUGUCACCUGUAAAAUGGGCAUUAUUUAUGUUGUGUUUUUUUUUUUUUUGCAUUCCUGAUAAUUGUAUGUAUUGUAUAAAGAAAGUCUGUACAUUGGGUUAUAACACUAGUAUAUUUAAACUUACAGGCUUAUUUGUAAUGUAAACCACCAUUUUAAUGUACUGUAAUUAACAUGGUUAUAAUAUGUACAAACCUCCUCUCCUCCACACAACUUUUCUUGUGUGUGAUAAACCAAUUUUGGUUUGCAAUAAAACCUUGAAAAAUA